CUCUCGCACACACACCUCUCUACUAUUUAUUAAAAAUUCCACAAACUACAAAAUUAUUAAACACAGUUAUGUAUAUUCUCGAAACUAUAUUUUUCAUUUUUAUCGAUUCAUUUCCUUUCAUAAUUUUAAAUUUUGACAGUAAAUUUUAUUAAUAAAAAUUAAUUUUUUCUUAUAAUUUAUAAAAAAUUUUAAAAAUAUUUCUUAAUUUUAUUAACAAAAAAAUUUAAUUUUUAAAAGACAGGAGAUUAUUUUUCUAAAUUUAAUCCAGAAAACUCCGAUAAUGUCCUAUAUUAUAUCCCCAGCAUUUAAAGGGCUUUCAUGCCAGGUAUGUGGGCAACAAUCACAUGGAAGGCGCUUUGAUGUGCUUUGUUGCCUUCCUUGUGCCGCUUUUUUCAGGCGGUAUAAUGGCCUCAAAACCAAACGUAGAUGUCAGAGAGAGAAUAAAUGUGAAAAACUGGGAAUUGAAUUUUUAAAGAAAUGUAAAAUAUGUCGGUACCGUAAAUGCAUUAGUAUAGGCAUGAAAAUGACUAAAGACGAAAAGAUUUUGGAAGAAAAAGAGGAAGAAAGUUUCUUCCAAAAUUUUAUUGAGGCUUAUGAAGAAUAUGUUACAUUUCAACAAAAAUUAUUUUUUAAUAUUUAUCCUGAAAAAGUAUAUCAACAAGCUUUGGUUAGCUAAAAAAAAUAAUUUGCCAGCCUUAUAUGAUCGGAUAAUUACCCUCACUUUAAAAAUGAAAUUAUAGUUACCCCCUUUCAAAUACCCCUAACAAAAACCCCCUACCGAAUACCCUACAACACGUUCAAAUUUCAAAAAAUAAAUAAUAGC